AUAUCAAUGAAUGUUCUAUCUCUAAUGGUGGAUGUCAGGAGAUAUGUACAAAUACAGAUGGAUCAUUUAUCUGCUCCUGUCAUCAAGGAUAUAUGUUACGUGAUGAUAACAGGACAUGUACAGAUAUCAAUGAAUGUUCUAUCUCUAAUGGUGGAUGUCAGGAGAUAUGUACUAAUACAGAUGGAUCAUUUAUCUGCUCCUGUCAUCAAGGAUAUAUGUUACGUGAUGAUAACAGGACAUGUACAGAUAUCAAUGAAUGUUCUAUCUCUAAUGGAGGAUGUCAGGAGAUAUGUAAUAAUACAGAUGGAUCAUUUAUCUGCUCCUGUCAUCAAGGAUAUAUGUUACGUGAUGAUAACAGGACAUGUACAGAUAUCAAUGAAUGUUAUAUCUCUAAUGGAGGAUGUCAGGAGAUAUGUACAAAUACAGAUGGAUCAUUUAUCUGCUCCUGUUAUCUAGGAUAUAUGUUACGUGAUGAUAACAGGACAUGUACAGAUAUCAAUGAAUGUUCUAUCUCUAAUGGUGGAUGUCAGGAGAUAUGUACAAAUACAGAUGGAUCAUUUAUCUGCUCCUGUCAUCAAGGAUAUAUGUUACGUGAUGAUAACAGGACAUGUACAGAUAUCAAUGAAUGUUCUAUCUCUAAUGGUGGAUGUCAGGAGAUAUGUACUAAUACAGAUGGAUCAUUUAUUAUCUGCUCCUGUCAUCAAGGAUAUAUGUUACGUGAUGAUAACAGGACAUGUACAGGUAUUAAUAAUUGAUAUUGUUAUAACAUUCUAAAUAAUAAUUUAACAGAUAUCAAUGAAUGUUCUAUCUCUAAUGGUGGAUGUCAGGAGAUAUGUACUAAUACAGAUGGAUCAUUUAUCUGCUCCUGUCAUCAAGGAUAUAUGUUACGUGAUGAUAACAGGACAUGUACAGAUAUCAAUGAAUGUUAUAUCUCUAAUGGAGGAUGUCAGGAGAUAUGUACAAAUACAGAUGGAUCAUUUAUCUGCUCCUGUUAUCUAGGAUAUAUGUUACGUGAUGAUAACAGGACAUGUACAGAUAUCAAUGAAUGUUCUAUCUCUAAUGGUGGAUGUCAGGAGAUAUGUACAAAUACAGAUGGAUCAUUUAUCUGCUCCUGUCAUCAAGGAUAUAUGUUACGUGAUGAUAACAGGACAUGUAACAG